AUGGCCCAAGUCCAAGGCCAGUGCGACCCGCGCUUCGCAAAGCUCAAGGCCCUGGUCGAGCAGCAGAUCGCCAGCGGGGAGGAACUCGGGGCCUCGCUGACCCUCAACAUCGGGGGCAAGACGGUCGUCGACAUCUGGGGCGGCUGGGCCGACGAGACGAAAACAAAACCCUGGCAGGCCGACACCAUCACCAAUGUGUGGUCGUCGACCAAGACGAUCGCGACGUUUGCGUGUCUCCUCGCGCACGAGCGCGGCCUGCUCAACGUCGACGACCCCGUCGCAAAGUACUGGCCGGAGUUUGCGGCCAAUGGCAAAGAAAAGAUCCUCGUCCGCCACCUCAUGUCGCACACGUCCGGCCUGUCCGGGUGGCAGGACAAGAUGACCGUCGAGGACGUCUGGGACGUCCCCAAGGCGACGGCGCGGUUGGCGGCGCAAGCACCCCUGUGGGAGCCCGGCACUGCCAGCGGGUACCACGCCACCACCAUGGGCCAUCUCCUCGGCGAGGUCAUCCGCCGCUCGACGGGCAAGCCCAUGAAGCAGUUCGUGGCCGAGGAGAUUGCGGCGCCGCUGGGCGCGGACCUGCAGAUCGGCGCGCUGGAGAAGGACUGGCCGCGCAUCGCACCCGUCAUCCCGCCGCCGCCCUUGGCCUUUGACUUCUCCAAGAUGGACCCCAACGGGCCCGCCGUCAAGACCUUUGCCAACCCGCCGACCGACGCCCUGGUUUCCUUGAGGCCCGAGUGGCGCGCCGCCGACAUGUCGGCCGUCAAUGGGCACACCAACGCGCGCGCCCUGAACCGCGUGCUCUCGGCGAUCCCCAAUGGCGGCGCCGUCGACGGCAUCAAGCUCCUCUCCCCGGAGACCAUCGAGCUGAUCUUCCGCGAGCAGUCCAACGGCACCGACCUGGUCAUCGGCUUGCCCCUCCGUUUCGGUAUCGGCUACGGCCUGGGUGGCGGCGCCACGGCCCAGACCCUCCCCUUCAUGCCGACAGAAAAAGCCUGCUUCUGGGGCGGCUGGGGCGGCAGCUUGGAGAUCAUGGACUGCCACCGCAACGUCACCUUCACCUAUGUCAUGAACAAGAUGGGGCCCGGCAUCAUGGCCAACGACAACUCCAAGCAGUAUGUCGAACUGGUGUGGAAGAUCCUGAACGAGUAA